AUGGGAUUAGAUGGGAUUGGACAUCUUUAUCUACCACUGGGCAAAUCGCAAUCUCCAUCUGCCAGUCCAACCCCCAAUUUUCUAGGGUUCGAAAUCAUCUGCGGGUUGGUGAUUUACAAACUGCACAAGUUGAUCUUCUCUGACGGCGACGACGUCUUGGGUGUCGAGACCUCUGAUUCUACUGCUCUCUUCGCCAUCGCUGACAGGCUCGCUAAGCUCUAUGAUGGCGACAAGGUCUCCGUUGGCCUCCGGAUCCCCGACGCCGAUACCGCUUCCCCUAAGCAAAUCGAUUUGGUUCUCAAAGGGGAGGCAGUGGUGAUAGCCGUCAAGAACUUGUCAGGAUUCAUCUCCGUCAAGCCCGAUGGCAGCUGGGUUUCUGAGAGCAUCACUAAGCACAAAGCAGACCAGCAUCCUGAUACUGUCAGUCACUCCAACUCUUCACUCUUCUCUCUGCUACCAUGCUAAUUAUCAACUAUCUUGACUAAUUGUAUUUCUACUUGCAUAUUCAGACCAAGACGAAGAUGAAGACGAAGAUGAAGCUCAGAUUCAGACCAAAUCUGAGAUGAUUGCGAUCCUGGGGAAGGGUUUCGAUGGAGUCGGAGAGUCUUUCUUCGCUUCCGGAGUGGAACUUCACCAAGAUUUUGAGGAACUUCACAAGAACGCUCAUCUGGAGAUGAUUAAACUCUCGAAGAAGUUUGCAGCAUUGAAGAGGAAGUAUCAAUGAUAGCCCUGUCAUCACCAAACAUGAGUCAAGUACUAGAAUAGCAUAAGCCAGGCUAGAGGAGUCCUGGACUCUUAUAGAAAUUAAGGUGGGCAAUGACAGUCCUGUGUAACAA